AUGUCGUCGAAAAGUAACGAGUCAAGCCCAUCUUCAUCCCAUCUAGCCUUCUCUCUUCUACAAAGAAACACUACCCCGCCUCAACCAGGUGAGAGGCGGGGAAGAAGAAGGCUUCCAGCUGAGCCAGGGCGAUUCCUCGGAGUAAGAAGGAGACCAUGGGGAAGAUAUGCAGCCGAAAUAAGGGACCCUACAACAAAAGAAAGACAUUGGCUUGGCACUUUCGACACUGCCCAAGAAGCUGCCCUUGCUUAUGAUAGGGCUGCCCUUUCCAUGAAGGGUACCCAAGCAAGAACCAACUUUGUCUACUCUGAUCAAACCACAUCCCACCAAUAUCCCUUUCUCUAUUCUCUAGAGGAACAAACCAACUUGCAGCAACCCCCACCAUUCGUAAUUACCAAUAUUAAUAAUGGACCCAAACAGACUGCCCCAUGGCAGAACUCUUCUCGCCAGCUUGAUUUUGGUCAAGGAGAUCAAACUAGUAGUACUCAUAACCACGCCCAAAAUCAUUCUGAUAAUGAAAAUUUGUUCUUUUCCGAUGAUAAUAAUAAUCUCGACACAAAUUCAGGCUAUUUGGGAUGUGUUGUUCCAGAUAGCUGCCUGAGGCCUACAUCUAAUGAAACCAAUGUAAUGCAAUAUUCCAACAACAACAACCAAGAUUUCACAUGUUUCAACCAACCUAGUUAUGAUUAUGGUACAAGCUAUGGAGGUUUUUCUUGCUUCGAUGGUGAUGAUGGCGGUAGAUCUUAUUGUGAGUUAUCAGCAAUGGUUGGAAACCCUCAGAUUGAUCAGGGUAAUGUUAAUGAUCUUGAUUCAAUACCAAGUUCAUCUAAUUACUACUAUGGGAUGUAG